AUGGCAGAUUAUCGCCAUUAUCCUCUCUCAAAUGACGUCGACAACAGGAGUUAUGCUGCAGAGAAAGAAGAGGAGAACCGAUCGGGGGAUGUGAUCUCUCACCUCGCAGACCCAUUUGGGGAUGAACAUGAUGCCGAAAUUAAGUAUCGGACGUUACAAUGGUGGCAAUGCGGCAUGAUCAUGAUCGCGGAGACCGUCUCCCUCGGUAUUCUGUCUCUUCCGUCGGCUGUCGCAGUCCUAGGUCUGGUGCCUGCGAUCAUUCUUAUUGUCGGACUCGGUAUAGUCGCAACGUACACUGGAUAUGUCAUCGGCCAAUUCAAACUCAGAUACCCGCAAGUACAUAGUAUGGGAGAUGCUGGCGAGGUGAUGUUCCAUCCUCUUGGUCUAGCUCGCUUUGGUAGGGAGUUCUUGGGAACGGCGCAACUGCUUUUUCUCAUAUUUGUCAUGGGCAGUCAUAUCUUGACUUUCAGUGUUAUGUUGGAUACAGUCACAGACCAUGGGACUUGCUCGAUUGUAUUUGGGAUCGUUGGCUUAGUUGUCUCCUUCGUUUUUGCCUUGCCUCGAACUCUUCGCAAGGUUUCGUGGUUCUCGUUUGCUUCCUUCGCAAGCAUCAUUGCCGCACUCCUGAUUACUAUGAUCGCUAUUGCUAUCCAGCGCCCCGGUGAUGGCAAAGUAGAUGCGACUACAACAGUCAGCCUGUCAAAGGCAUUCUUAGCAGUGACGAAUAUUGUAUUUGCUUAUGCUGGGCACGUGGCUUUCUUCGGCUUUAUUUCAGAGAUGGAGACUCCAACGGACUAUCCUAAGACCCUCUACAUGCUCCAAAUAACCGAUACGAGUAUGUAUGUGAUAGCUGCUGUUGUUAUAUAUAUCUACGGUGGGAAGGAUGUGCAGUCACCCGCCCUGAGCUCGACAAAGCCAAUAACAGCAAAGAUUGCAUAUGGAAUUGCCAUUCCUACGAUUGUUAUAGCCGGUGUUAUCAACGGGCACGUCGCAUCAAAAUACGUUUACGUCCGUCUUUUCCGAAACACAAAUCACAUGAAGCAGCGCACAUUCCUCUCGAUCGGGUCCUGGGUUGCGAUCAGUCUUGUGUUAUGGGUGAUAGCCUGGAUUAUUUCAGAGGCAAUUCCUGUUUUCAAUACUUUGCUGAGUCUGAUCACUUCCCUUUUUGCUAGCUGGUUUACCUAUGGUCUGAGUGGUAUAUUCUGGCUGUUCCUGAAUCGAGGCCAGUAUGGGGCGUCCUGGAAAAAAAUGGUUCUGACUGUUGUCAACCUGGUGGUUAUCGGGAUUGGUGCUUGCUUGUGCGGCAUGGGCCUUUGGGUUUCCGCAACGAGACAGACAGCGACAAAGUUCGGCGUCUCCAUGGAAGUCACGUUGUUGGCUGUCAGUUUGUUCGUUCUGGGCUUCGCCUUUGGCCCUAUCAUCUUUGGCCCCCUUUCUGAACUGUACGGCCGGAAGCUACCGUUGUUUCUGGGCAUGUUCGGCUUCGCAAUCUUCCAGAUUCCCGUAGCCGUAGCCGAGAACUUGCACACUAUCUUCAUAUGUCGCUUUCUGGGCGGAACCUUUGCCAGUGCACCUCUUGCCAUUGUAAAUGGCAUUUUGGCCGAUAUGUUCGAGCCCGUGGAGCGAGGGAUUGCAAUGGCCGUCUUCGCUGCGGCAGCCUUCAUCGGCCCGGUAGCAGGGCCAAUCGUCGGUGGAUUCAUAACAAUUUCAUACCUGGGCUGGCGCUGGACAGAGUACAUUACAGCUAUCUGGGCAUUUGCUAUCUCCAGCAUCGGGAUCCUGGUUGUCCCCGAGACGUUCGAGCAAACUUUACUCACACAACGCGCUAAGCGACUUCGCACCAAAUCCAAGAACUGGGCUCUUCAUGCGAAGGCAGAAGAAAAGGUAGUCAGUUAUCAAGAUAUUGCAGUACAAUAUCUCCUGCGCCCGUUCCAGAUGCUUGUGCAGGAACCCAUUCUUCUGCUUAUUACCUUGUACAUGGGUUUCAUAUAUGGCUUUCUGUACACUUGUUUUGUGGCCUAUCCGGUCUCCUUCCAAGAACAGCGUGGGUGGAAUGAUGGCAUUGGAGCGUUGCCGUUCGUUGCUUUCAUUUGUGGUGUCUUUUGCGGUUGUUUGAUUAUCAUUGCAUUUUCAUUGACGCGGUAUCGAACGUUCAUACUCCGCAAUGGCCGAGUUCAGCCAGAGGAGCGGUUGAUUCCUAUGAUUAUUGGAGGUAUUUUGUUGCCCGUGGGGAUGUUUUGGUUUGGCUGGACGUCAGAUCCUCACAUAAUUUGGGUUCCACAAGUUAUAUCUGGGGCAUUCUUGGGGUCGGGGGUAUUAUUGAUCUUCCUGCAGGGGCUGACUUAUAUCGUCGAUGUGUAUCCGAUGUAUACAAACUCUGCAAUGGCAGCAAACUCCUUCUUUCGGUCAUGGCUGGGGGCUGGAUUUCCGAUGUUCGCACCACCAUUGUUUCAUAACUUGGGCGUCGACUGGGCGAUGACUUUGCUAGGUUGUCUGACCGUCGCGUUGUUCCCUGUGCCCAUUGCGUUUUUCAUAUAUGGGCCGAAAAUACGCUCAUGGAGUGUGAUGGGAGGUCUGUUGACCCUGGAAUCCUUCGCCGAGACCUUUCCGCAGAUGAACACUCUCACUGCAACCGCCGCACAAGAGAAGUAUAACUCGACUAUUCAAGGCACGGUAGUCGCACUAUAUACCGUUGGUGGAAUUUUUGGUUCACUAUCAUGCAUUCAAUUCGGUGACAGGCUCGGCCGCCGGAAGGUCAUCCUGUUCACCUCCUUCAUUUCGAUAAUUGGCGCUGUCUUGAUGGCAACGUCCUUUUCACUUGCACAAUUUAUCGUUGCACGACUCGUCCUCGGAUAUGGAACUGGCGGUUACGUGGCUACAGUACCCGUCUGGCAGUCCGAGAUCUCAAAGCCCAGCAAGCGUGGUGCUCACGUAGUAACUGACGGCAUCUUCAUCGGUGCCGGUAUCGCCUUCUCUCUCUGGGUCGACUUCGGCUUUUACUUCGUUAAGACCAACUCGGUUUCCUGGCGAUUCCCCUUGGUCUUCCAGGUCCUGCUAUCACUAAUGGUCAUGAGCUUUGUGAUGCUCUUCCCCGAAUCGCCCCGAUGGCUGAUCAAAAGAGGUCGCAGCGAGGAGGCGCGCGAGAUUUUGGCGGCGCUGGACGACGUCGACCCUCAUUCGGAACAGAUCACUCUCGAUAUUCGCGAUAUUGAGACCUCCCUAGCUAUUUCCGGAACCGGUUCGUGGAAGGAUAUGCUGAAGAUGGGCGAGCAGCGACUCUUCCAUCGCACCGUUCUCGCCUGUAUGGGUCAAAUGUUUCAGCAGAUGUGCGGAAUCAAUCUAAUCACUUUCUACGCCACGACCAUUUUCGAACAAUAUCUCAAGCUCUCUCCCAUCCAGUCGCGUGUCCUGGCCGCAUCCAUGUGCCUAACACAGCCGCUGGGCGGCCUGCUGGCCUAUUUUACCAUCGACCGUCUCGGUCGCCGCGUGCUCAUGCUGUGGAGUGCUGUCGGGAUGUCAAUCUCUAUGGCCAUCCUGGCUGGCACCACUUCCGUCCAAGAUAACACCGGCAGCUUGGUCUGCGCCGUCGUGUUCCUUUUCGUCUUCGAAUUCAUCUUCACAGUCGGAUACUCCGGCUUGACCUUCCUGUACGCCACAGAGGUCGCUCCCCUCCAGUGUCGAGCAUCUAUCAGCGCCGUCUCCGCGGCCGCCGUCUGGACUUUUAACUUCCUCCUCGCUGAGGUCACGCCCGUCGGCUUCGCUACCAUCGACUACCAGUACUAUAUUAUCUUCGCUGUGCUGAACGCCGCCAUCGUGCCGACUGUGUAUUUCUUCUUCCCGGAGACUAGCGGCCGCAGCCUCGAGGAAAUCGAUGAGAUCUUCUUGCAGUCGCGCAGUAUAUUCGAUCCGCCUCGCAUUGCUCGCUCGCUUCCCCGAAUGCACGUUGCCGAUCCUCAUGGGUUGGAUCUCGACGCCAAGGAUGUUGGAAGCGGUGAUGAGGCCACGGGCGAGAAGCCCAAAGUGUAA